AUGUUCAAAAACACAGCCAGAUUAUUUUCCACCACUAGCAGAAACUUAGGUACCAAGGUCUACUUCAAGACUGCCAUUGAUGGUGCUCCACAACCAAAGAUUACCUUUGAGUUAUUCGACGACGUUGUCCCAAAGACCGCAGAAAACUUCAGAGCUUUGUGUACCGGAGAGAAGGGAUUCGGUUACGCUGGAAGUAUCUUCCACAGAGUCAUCCCACAAUUUAUGUUGCAAGGUGGUGAUUUCGAAACUGGUAAGGGCUACGGUGGUAAGUCCAUCUACGGUAGACACUUCCCAGAUGAAAACUUCAACAUCAAGCACACCAAGCCAGGUUUGUUGAGUAUGGCCAACGCCGGUCCAGGUACCAAUGGUUCCCAGUUUUUCAUCACCACUGUUCCAUGUUCAUGGUUAGACGGUAAGCAUGUUGUCUUUGGUGAAGUUAUCGAAGGAAUGGAUGUUGUUAAGAAGAUUGAACUGUACGGCUCUUCUCCACAAGGUUUGACCACUGCCAAGAUCACCAUUGAAGAAUCCGGCGAAGAGUAA